CGAUGACGUCGCAAAGAGAGGAGGUGCGGGUUUGCCACGUCGGUCUCUGUGCAACGCAUUUACACUGUUGCUCCUGAAGCCCGGGGAUAACUUUUGAAGCGGUUUAUGUGUUGAACCCGGAGAGAAAGCGACCCUCCAGCAUCGCCGGUACCGAGGUAGCCCGUCGCCCCAGCAGUGCAGCCCGGGAUAUUGAAGCUGCAAGGCGGAUAAAAUGCUCGGUGCUGUCUGGACUCGUCAGGCUGGGAGCCGCACGACUGACUGAUGCAUCCUCGCUCACUUCACCCCCCCGUGUGUUGUUGGCCUGACUGUACAUGGUGGCUCGUUGAGGAGAAGGGGAGGAGUGCCAGCGGCUGUUGGUUGGUGGGCGGCGUCCGUGGUUGCCAAGGUAACUGGCGACCAUGCCAGGAGGUCGCAGGGGUCCCAGCAGACAGCAGCUAAGUCGCUCUGCUCUGCCGUCCCUGCAGACUCUGGUCGGAGGCAACAUCAGCAAUGGGACAGGCAUCAGGAACAGCAGCAGUAACGUGGUGGGUCUGUCUGCGCCCCCUAUCUCGGCCCUCAUUAUUCCGGAGCCGGUGCGUCACUCGAGGAUCCCCGAGCUGCCGUUGGACAGCAGCCUGCUGUUUGAGUUCCUGCUCUUCCUGUAUCUGCUGGUGGCCUUGUUUGUCCAGUACAUAAACAUCUACAGGACGGUGUGGUGGUACCCGUACAGCCACCCUGCUGCCUCUACCUCGCUCAAUUUCCAUCUGAUGGACUACCACCUGGCUAUCUUCAUUACAGUCAUGUUGGCCAGGAGGCUUGUUUGGACUAUCGUUUCAGAGGUGUCUCAGAGCAGCGGCGGAUCCCUUCUCCGCUACGUGGUUCUGAUCGCAGCGCGGCUCAGCCUGCUGACGCUCUGUGGCUGGGUGCUCUGCUGGACGCUGGUCAACCUCUGCAAGAACCACUCUGUGCUCAACCUCCUCUUCCUGGGAUACCCAUUUGGUGUGUACGUCCCUCUUUGCUGUUUCCAUCAGGAGGGAGGGAAAAGCCAAACGGCACCAGCUGACAGCGAUUACCCCGCAGACCACCAGCAGACAGAGCUCACAGAGACCCCGUUCUUUCGACCACGUGACUUCCUCUUCCUGUUGCGAGAGAACCUCAGAGAGCAGUUUUCCAGUCCCCCGCACAUGCCUACACACACCUGCCCUCCACACACACACUCGCACACGCCGGAGUUAAUUCGAGCAGAGGUGGAGGAGCUAAAGAGCGACUUCAACCGUAGAAUCAAGGAAGUGCUCUUCAACUCGCUGUUCAGUGCUUACUACGUAGCCUUCCUGCCUCUCUGCUUUGUUAAGAGCACGCAGUACUAUGACAUGCGCUGGUCCUGUGAGCAUCUGAUCAUGGUGUGGAUCAAUGCGUUUGUGAUGCUGAUGAGUCAGCUGCUGCCGCCCAGCUACUGCGACCUGCUGCAUCGCUCGGCCGCUCACCUGGGCCGCUGGCAGAAACUGGAGCACGGCUCGUACAGCAACGCUCCUCAGCAUGUGUGGUCAGAAAGUACCAUUUGGCCUCAGGGGGUGUUGGUACGACACAGUCGAUCGCUGUAUAAGGCAGUCGGACCCUAUAAUGUUGCUCUGCCCUCUGAUGUUUCCCAUGCAAGGUUUUAUUUCCUGUUCCACAAGCCCUUGCGGAUCCUGAACCUGCUGAUCUGGAUCGAGUCCAGUGUGGUUUUGUACCAGUUAUACUCUCUGCUGCGCUCCGAGCGCUGGAACCACACUUUGUCUCUGGGCCUUAUUCUCUUCUGCAACUACUAUGUCCUUUUUAAACUGCUGCGAGAUCGCAUCGUGCUGGGCAAAGCCUACUCCUACCCUGUGUCCUCCAACAGUUUGGGGCUCAAGGUGCAGUGAUCCUCCGCACAGCGAGACCUCACCCACGUAUUCUUGUUGUGGAGGCGAGACGGGUGGGGGUCUGGAAAAGGACCGGAGGGUUGAUUCGCACUCACGCUUGGAGGAUGAGGGACAGACUGUGAACUCGUAACCGUGUUUUGAUACGGUUCUAUUUGUAAUGCAAUGUUUAUAUACCUAUUUAAAAGAAUAUUUUUAUUUUGUAUACUAUUUCGAGUUACGCCGGGCAUUACCACGCUGAUGACAUUAGCAUGUUGUGUUAUGUUGUUGCUAGGCGACAGGGAAGUCAGGGAAUGCCAGGAGGUGACUUUCACCAAAGAUAUUUUAAGUGCAGGUGGCCAAUCACAGAGCAAAGCCUGGCCUCUGACAGUCAGUCGAACAGACGAGCCACUCAGAGCAGUGGAAGGAGUUGUGCCUCAGAUCCUGACUCAUAUCUGUCCAUCAAGUGUGAGGCAACAGCACAGUUAGCGCAAAGAUGGCAAAAAGGCAGAAAUGUAUUAAAUGUCUAGCCUGGUUAAACCGAUAGUAACAGAAUCUGCCUUCCAGCACCUCUAAAACUCACUCAUCAGCACGUAUGUCUCCUUUGUUUAAUAAGAACAAAUAUUUAAGCGUAAAAACAACAGCGCCAGACUAUUUAUUGGCUUUGAGCAGUUGCCAGGCAACCACAGAUAUUUGUCUUGUCAUUUUCACACAUUUGAAUCAAUUAAACAAAGGAGAUUUAAUGUGUUUAUAGUUUGUAACCUUUAGACGGAGCCAGUCUUGCUGUUUCCCACCGUUUACAGUCUUCAGAUGAGUCUAUAGGGAAAACACCUUAGGUACUCUGAUCCUCUUCCUCUGCAGAGAUGGCGGUAUUCUUCCUCAAUCACAUUACUGUAGGUACUUUGUUUUUCACUCUCAGUAUCUGCUUCUUUCAUUUCAUUGGCUAUCUGGAGGGCAGUUACAGCACCAGUCUUUACAAACGUACACCCGAGUGUCAACCUGUGUGUGGGUGUGGAAAUACUAUUGGCAUCUGUAAAUUAAAAGCACACUCACAAAUAAUUUCAGAAAACAGCUUAACCCUGACUGACUUUUCUUGUCCUAUAGCCCUGCCUGCUCUGGUUGUUCCUUAAGAAGUGUUAACUUUGCAGGGCUGCUGCUGUACCAGAUGAGGAUUAAAGUCAACUUGCUGAUGCCUGACUAACCUUUUGACAUGCUGAAAAGUUCUCAAUUACUCAUUUGUGUUAAAGGUGAUCCAGUCAAUGUUUUCGAUUUGGUGCCUCAAUGCUUAAACCUUAAUGGUAUUAGGACCAUAUCGUAAUAGGGUCUUUGUGGAUUGGCUGUAGAUAAAGGAACAAAUGUGGCUAAUAAUAAAGAUUUCUGUUGGUACGUCCUAGGACCUAACACUUCUCACUCUGCAAAUAUAUCUCUCAUGGAUUUGACAGCAGAGGGUGUUCUUAUAGUGACCUUUCCAUGGGUGAUGAAGAGAGACUGAAUGCAUCACAUCAUUACCAGUUUAUGUAUUCUCAGUUACCGGUAUGGUGUUUGAAACAGGUUGCCUUGCAUGCUGUUGCCUUUUCUGUUAAGUCACAUUUGGCGAACAUCCUUUUACUCCAAAGUAUGUUUCUCUUUAUGAAACUCCUCUCAUUCCCCGUCUCUAACUCAGUCAAAAACUAAAAGCAGUAUUAAGUAUAGGCUGUUCAGUAUUCAGAUAGAAAUCAACAGAAAAAAUGUUUUUUCCUAUCCUGAGGUUCAAAUCUAGGUAGAAAAUCAAAAGAUCAAUGUUUCCUGUGCGGUCGUGAAUCUCACAUUGACUCAAGUCAAGUUUCAUGUUGAGUGUAAAUGAGAUGGAGGAAACUACUUUUGAGAUGAACCAGUGAGUACUUGUCUGGAUCACCAGUGCUGCUCUGUGUCAUGAGUUUGAAGAUUUGUUUUUCUUAUACACAAAUGCCAUACAUGUGCCCAUUACUAUGCUUAUUCUGCACAUCCAGCCCUUAAAUCCUCUCCUCUGUGUUUCUGCUUUAUUUUUGCAGUCAUUUUCCACUUGAAUGUAGCAAAUGUUUCUUGAAUUGGCAGGUAUUUAAGGGUAGUAUCACCAGCCUCCGAUUGAGCACCAUCACAUCAAUUUGAGUUUUUUUUAAUGGGUGUACUUAUAUCACCCUUAUCUCAGUAACACAGAGGGAAGACAUGUUUAAGUUUGAUUGAAAUCGUGUUUCCACACCGAUACUUUCUUGAAUGUUAAGUCUUUGCUCAAGUUUGAGACAUUCUUUGUUUUUUAAGAAACCCGUAACACCACAACUGAAGAAGAGGAAUACGAUUUGGAAAGAUUUUAGGUCCUAUAAGAGCUUGACCACAUUGCCCCAAAGUGUAUUUGGCGUUUCUUCAUCUUAUAGGAAACUUGAAAACAGGUUUUUAUUAAAACUGAAGCUGAUCUGUUUUUCGGCUACGGCUAUGCAAGUUGUAAAAUUUGCAGAGUUAGUUUUCCUUGUGCCAUAUCCCCGGAUUCAGUUUCAAUCUCCUGGUUGAACCUGUUGAAUGUGUUGCUGCUGGAGAAGUCAUUGGAGCUGGUCCUCAUAUUUCGGCUUUUUACACUGUCUAGUUUCCCCACAUGAUUUCUGAAAAUGCCUUUUGACAUCCAAAAUAAAACAUGUUUAAAAUAA